AUGAAGGACCACGGCAGGAAGUCGAGUUGGACCACACAGCUGUCGCCGUACUUGCGUGGCCUGAAGAUGAAGAACAUCAUACCGUCUCCAAUGACUCCUCAUUCACCAAAGUCGCCGCAGAAGCAGCCGGGCGAGGGAGACUCGGUUUUCCAGAUCAUCCACACGCCGGACAGACCCGAACGGCCAAUCUCAAGGACGGCGAUUCCGGACGACGAACAGUGCAUGAAGUUCCUCAUGUCGCUGCAGAGGCAAGAGGAGCACAAGCGAGGCGGCAUCAAGACGGGCCUGGCGAUGUGGCCAUAUCCCGAGAAAGGGGAGGCAGAGGACCGCAGGUGUCUCCGGAGUGUGAGGGUUGAAAGCGUGCAGUUUGAAGAGGCACGUCUCGCCAGGACCAACUCGUCUGGCCCGGCCAGAGUAGUGGAAGUCGGCAGAAGCUUGACCAAGUCAACAGUGACGACGCGGCGGUCGUCACACUCAACAACGCCCAGCGUCAGCGAUGCGGAGGACGACGACGAACCUAUUGAGGAGCCCAGAAUGCCGACUCACACAGCGCCUCUCUCGCCGCCACCUACCUUGUCUCGCAAUCAAUCACGCCUGGACAUCUGUACGCCAAGAGCCAACACCUCCCGCUGGUCUGACGACAGCGUCGAGUCUCUCUUCUCGUCAAGAGACCAAGAUUCCCCCUGUCCCCAGCGGGAAACUCUUCGCUCGUCGGCCGAGAUAUCAUCGCCUACUGUUUUCGGUGACGACUCGGUCGAGCUUUUUUCACCCACGCUUUUGAUGCCGGUCAAAGACCGGCCCGCAACGCCGUUCACGGACCCCCGCCUCCGAGCCAUGCCUGGACCGACGACCCCUCCGCCAUCAGACCGCAUCGCCCAAUUUGUGAACGUCAGUCCGGAGUCCGUACCGCGCAAGUACUCGUGGCGAUCGUCCAGGGAUACGAUUCUCAACACGGCGGUUCCGAUGUCGAGGUUACAGUCUUGGUCACCGGAGGUCCCGCCGAAAGCAGAGGCCAGGAAACAGCAGCAGCAUGCCGAGCCGGAGGUCUACGGCGACUGGGCAGAUUACUAUUUUGAGGACGGAAAUUUCUGGCACGAGUAUUCCGACGGCGAGUACGAAGGAGACGGAACGGAGCUAGAAGGGGACGGUGAUGUGGACGAUGAGCAAAACGACGAGGAACUUGAAGAGGAGGCUGAAGUGGAAGAUGAGAACCAUACAGGCCGAUUGGGCGUCAACAACGGGGGCAUUUACCCACAAUACGAGAGUUUCAUCGAGGACUACAAGGCCAAUGUCAUGAGUAUCACGGUAACGGAGGUGUAG